UUCAUGUUGUUAUUGAAUUUGAUGCCGGUUUUUAGAUACUACGCUUCUAACUAGAAUGACUGGCGAAAAGAUGUUGCGUUUUAAUCUAAUUGUAGCGGUUUGCGAAAACUUUGGCAUUGGCCUCAAGGGAGACCUGCCAUGGAGCAUCAAAUCCGAGCUGAAGUACUUUAGUCGCACCACCAAGCGGACCAGCGAUCCAUGCAAAAGCAAUGCGGUAAUCAUGGGCAGAAGAACUUACUUUGGAGUGCCCGCCAGCAAGCGUCCGCUGCCAGAGCGCUUAAACAUUGUCUUGAGCACCACGUUGCAGCCGGCAGAUCUGCCCAGUGAUGUGGUACUGUGCUCUAACCUAGAGGAAGCCAUGAAGCAUCUGGAAACGAAGGCCUUGCGCGACGAAAUUGAGAAUGUCUGGAUUGUGGGCGGCAGUGGAGUUUACAAGGAAGCCAUGGCCUCGCCCCGUUGCGACCGUCUUUACAUAACCAAAAUCCAGCAGAACUUUGAAUGCGAUACCUUCUUUCCCAGCAUUCCGGACAGCUUCCGAGAGGUGUCGCCCGAUGCGGACACACCCCUAGGUGUUCAGGAAGAGAACGGCAUUAAGUACGAGUACAAGGUGUUGAAAAAAAUAGAAUAAUAAACCGAUUUAUUUGCUUUUACUGCUGCCGCGCA